AUGUCUCAGCAUCGUGUGGUCCACCAAAAUCUACCAGAUAACGAUCGAGACGAGUCGGCCGGUGCAGCGGCCACAGGUGCACAAGAGAACGCAUCUCAACCCCGUGUUAUCCAACAAACACUGCCAGAAAAUGACCGAGACGAGACGUUUGUCGUGACAACAGAAUCGCCAAAUUCGUUUGCUCAGUCGAGCUUGUUCGUUCUCGUCAUUCUCCUCACCGCCAUCCUGGUCCCUCUUGUCCUGCUGUUCAUCAUUAUCGUCAACCUUAGUGGAUCAAUCAUCGCCUCAAUACUGUUCGAAGUCCUUGGACACGCCGUCCUUCGAGCAUUGGGCGUCGACGGCUUCAACAAUCGACUCAAGCAUUCGGUCAAAGUCGGCGCCGUUGGUGGCGCCAUUGUCGCCAUCCCUUUCAACAUCUUUUACGCUUUCCUCGAGUACCUGAUUGCUCCUACUGUCGUCAGUGUCACAGACGAAAGUGAAGCAGAGCCAUUGCUCCCACCCGAACGCCAGAGCUCGUUCGGCCAAGUGACAAAGUCAUUCAACGAGAGCUUGAAAGGAACAAGGCGCAAUCCCAUCAACCAAAGGCUCUAUCUUCAGCAGCGCGAAACCGGCGAAGCACCUUCUAGAUGGCGCGUCUUUUUCGCACUUCUCGGAGAUUUUUUGUCCGGCCCAGCCCUUGGAGCCCUUUCUGGAGCAGUUGGGUCAUUUGUGCUUGAAAAGGCAGGUCAUGAGGUCAUGGAUGUUGCUCACUCUGCCCAGGCCGGAGCAUUAGGCGGUUUCAUCCUUGGCCCUCUCGCUGCGGCUCUUUUUUCCACCAUGUUUGCAGUAGCCAUCGCAGUCUUCAUAUCAAGAAAUCCUUCUACAUAG